AUGCCUCUGUAUGAGUUGUUUUGUGUGGCGAUCGCGUCCGCAGAGUCGGCGCCGCUACGUGAUUUGGUGCAGUCGACCUCGCGCCUGGUGCUGAACCAUGGCGGCGUGGUGCGCAACGUGCAGUACUGGGGCAAGCGCACGCUGCCGCAGCGUGCGCGGCGGCACCAGCAGUACCACACAGCCGGCGAUUACUGGCUGAUGCAGUUUGAUACCAAUGCACCGACGCUCAAGGUGCUCAACGACCGCCUGCGCCAGGACCCCCGCGUGGUGAAGUGGAAUACGCUCAAGCUCGGCGAGAAGCUGCGCGAGCUCGUGCCGCCUGCCUCGUCCGGCGGCGCGACGCCGUCGCAGGCGACGAUGGGCGGCAAGUCGGUCGACUACCUCGGCUAA